AUGGGGUCAGGCGAUUUGAAUUUGUUGAAGUCAUGGAAUCCCAAACUUAUGAAAAACAGGAAGAAGGUCUGGGAGACCGAGCAGGACCUGGUUAACGAGCAGCAGAAGCUAAACACCCGGUUGAAGGAGAUUGAAAAGGAGCGUGAGCUGAAUGAGCUGCUACACGCAUCGAACAAGGACCAGCCGGAUGCUCUCAAGACUGAUUUGACGCUAAAGAAGUCCGGUUUGGAAUGGAUGUAUCAGGACGCAAAACUGAACGAUGAAAAGGAGGACUAUUUAUUAGGUAAAAAGAAACUAGAUUCAUCUAUACUAAAGCAGCCUGCGGUCGCAACCGAAAAAGCUGCCGAAAGGGCUGCCGCUGCUGCAGCCCCACCCAAGAAUUCACACAGGAAAGGCUCAACGCUGCACAGAGACGACCCAAUGAGCAAGUUCAAGAUAACAAAGCAACACAGGAGAACCCACAAUGCAGUAAAGGCGGCACCGCUUCAGCGCGGGAAACCACCGCCCAGACCUGCCGCAGACCUGGACUACUAA